AUGGCGCUCACGAUAGCGCUUGAUUCGCGGCUGACCUGGGCUGGUCCCUGCGUCGCCUCUCCGUGUGGAAAAGCGUCUCGAUUAGGCCGCUUUAUAGGAGCGCGGCCGUUUGUGCGAUUUGGGAAAGUUCGUCGGGCGUUUCUAACAUGCGCGGAGUACUUUGCCGAUUCACGGGCCAGCAAGAAUAAGUCAGACUAUCCAUCAGCCAGCAGCACGGACGCAGCGUCGUUUUUGAGGGAGCACAUGCGGGAUGAGCGGAGGACACGGGAGCACCGACAGCCCGUGACGGCCGACCGCCUGCCAGAUAUGAUCGCGCCGUAUCAUAUCCACAGAUGCGGUCACCCGGCUGGGCUCGGGUUGGAUGUCCCUCUCUCGCCGUGGGAAGCAGACCUGCUGCACGCUUCACCUGGCGUUGCUGGCUCGAGUGUGACACUAACGAGGGAGAUUGAGAAACCUGGCCGCGAUAAGCACCUGCUGGGCCGGGAAGUCAGCAAAGCCGAGAUUGUAUCAGAGGGCGGAGGGCUUGGUCUGUCGGCAUCGUACCUGCUUGCCUCCCCGCCCGCAUGGGACGAAGGGGAGUGUGAGCGGUACCUGUCUCACGAGCUGGGUGAAAAGAAUGAGCUCUCGGGAAGCGAAGAGGCCGUGGAGUCAGCAACGGUCCAGGCUGAGUCAGCGCAGGGAGUUUUGGAGCACGGGGAAAGUGGAUCUCUGGAGGAAGCUUCCUCGAAGGCGAUGGAUGACUACAGGCGGCGUGCCGUGGUGAUGUGGGCGGUUGGUGAAGCGACGGUGAAUGAGGUGGUGGAGGGUUGCACGGGGGAAGGGGGUGGUGGGAAGGAGGAGGUUAACAACGAGAAUGAUGGAAAAGAAGUCAGUGAAGGGGGGAAUGCUGGGCAUGCUUGGCAGCAGAGGUGGUGGCCCCAUAAGCACACUAGGCCUCUGGAACAAAGGCAUGGGUCGCAACUGGACAAGCGUUUGUAG